AUGCCAGUGAUUCAAAAUACCAGCUACGAUGUGAAAAAGUUUGGCCGGACAGUUACAAUUCCGGAUGCCGACAUAGCAAAAAUCAUGUACUAUAUCGAUUGUGUCUGCACUGUAGUUGACUACAAUGAAAACAACAUUCAAAGAUAUCGUAAUUAUUCUAAUUGGAUGAACAUGUCUGACCAAGAAGAUCGGGUGAUAUUCUUGUUGGCUUUAGCACUUUCACCUGAUGAGCUAGAAGAUAAAGUCUUCUUCAGAAAUGCUACACUUUGUCAAGGAUCGUCCAAUCAAUUCUAUGAAAUCGGUCAGGUCAGAAAUCAACUAUUUAUUGUUCAAUCUGUCAUUAUCGGUGGACAAUCACGGCAGGUGAAAAAAAUCAUGGCAUACACAAAUGAAUGGAUGAAUAGAAACUACUAUGAACCAAUGAAGGCUCUUGCCUAUCGAUUCAGUCCACAAGGUCAAAGAGAAGAAGCAAUGCGUCGAGCUAUCAUUUCUGAAGCAUGUGUUAUUUCAUAA